AUGUCCCGUGUAUCUUUCCAAAUAUAUUGGUUCCGGGCUAAGGAUGUAGUCAUUCAUCAUAUUCGAAUGGCCUUAACUCUUGCUUUGUAUAUUCUAAGCCAUUGUUCCUACAGGUUUCGGAAGCAGACCAGAUCGGUAUUGCAAUACCAAAGUGUACGGUAUCAUGUUAUUCCUCUUUCUCCUAUUUCAAAACUGCAGUUAUGUCUUCAAAGACGCAAAAUAAUGGUGAUUGAUCUGGACGAGACGUUGAUCCAUUCUGUUCUCGAUGGAAUGUCUCGUCAGACAACGGGUUCAGGCCCUCCACCUGAUUUUGUGCUCAAGAUGGACGUUGACCAUCAUCCUGUUCGCUUCUCAGUGCAUAAGCGCCCACACGUUGACUACUUUCUAAAUAUUAUCAGCCAAUGGUACGAGUUGGUUAUCUUCACUGCUAGCCUGGAGAUCUACGGUGCAGGAAUCGCAGACCAUCUUGACAACGGCCGCCACAUUUUUCAACGUCGUUUCUACAGGCAGCACUGUCUCUACGACAGUGGUAGCUACUGCAAGGACUUAUCUCGUGUUUCCUCAGACCUGUCUUCUAUCUUUAUUCUGGACAACUCCCCUGGCGCCUACCGCUCAUUUCCUGAUAACGCAAUUCCUAUUCAGUCGUGGUUCUCAGAUCCCCAGGACACCGCCCUCCUCUGUUUAUUGCCUGUGUUGGAUGCCCUGCGAUUCGUCUCCGAUGUGCGCUCAAUUUUGAGCCGCAAUCUGCACCGCGAUUUGCAGGCGCAGGCGCUAAUUGGACGGGGUCGACCACCCUCCCUCAUGAUGUGA